AUGCCUCACUACGGCGGCCACGGAGAGCACAAAUCUCGUGACAGCGAGCGCCGCUCCGGCAAUAACCAGGAAGGCAGCAACAGCAGCCACUCGCUCAAGAACUACAGCAUCUGGGUCGCCAACCCCGUCUCCUACGUAGCCCAGACCCCCGAGCAGGACCCCAAGAGCCCCCACAUCACCCUCAAGUUGACCGACGGUACCAACAGCCCCGAAGCCGACAUCAACGUCAAGUCCACGAGCAAGGACACCCGCCUCGUCUACUGGGUAAACAACAACUUCCAACACCCCAUCACUCAGCAACUCGCAUCCCUGCCUCUGGGCCAAACAGUCCUCAAACCCACAAAUGGCGAACACUCCAAAUACGCCCUAGACUUUAUACGCACCACACCCGCUCUCCUAGACCUAAACGCCGGCACCAUCCUCCCCGCCUCAGGCAACAACACCAUCGAAGACAAACUCGAGCCCAUCCUCACCCAAGCCAUCAACCAAAAAGCCAAAGUCUACCUUUGGGGCCAGGGCUACAAUGACUCCAAUGGCGAGUCCGGUAUCCACGAUAUCCAUAUGAACCAAGGCAAUACUGGAAACUUUUCCAAUGAUGUGUUCAGUGAUGGCAGCUUCAUGGUGCAGUUUGAGGAUCACUGGGAGGCUGUGUUCUUGGCCUUUGCCGACCAGGAAGUGCCUACUGAUGAUGAGACUGGUGACCCGACUGAUGAUGCUAAGGCUUUUGAUGAGACUUUGUCGUCUUAG